GGGCUUACUCGGAACCAGCAGAGCUAGGCCCAAAGCUCCCUCCCCAGGACGCUGAGUCCCAAGGACUGCCUUUCUGCCUCCUCCCCAGCUCUAUCCAGAAAUCCUCUGCUCCUCCCAACGCCGAACUAGGACUGGGCCCCCGCUGUGAAUUUUUCGGGCCCUGGCUCUGUCCCGCGUGGCUGCUUCGGUCUCAGGCUCAGCCGUUCCAGGCCCCCAGCUGUGCUUCACUCUGUCCUGCACACCCCGCCACCGAGCCCAGAGCAGACGCCGAGCCCCCGAGGUAUUCCUUCCAUCUUGGGAACACGCUAGUAAUUCAUUGGUAACAGGAAAUUAUGAGGGACCCUGUGAGUAGCCAGUACAGCUCCUUUCUUUUCUGGAGGAUGCCCAUUCCAGAACUGGAUCUGUCGGAGCUGGAAGGCCUGGGUCUGUCAGAUACCUCCACCUACAAGGUCAAAGACGGCAGCGCUGGCAAAAUGACCGGGCAACCAACUGGAGUUGAGGAGAAAAACUCCGAAGGCGAUGCCCUCCUUGAAUACAGCACCUUCAAUUUCUGGAGAGCUCCCAUUGCCAGCAUCCACUCUUUUGAACUGGACUUGCUUUAAGCCCAAGACUUCUCUCUCCCACCACCCUGCCCUCACUGUCUUCCCUUACAAGCCCCUUCCUUCCCACCCUUGUCCUAUUAAUCUCGCUGUCUCCCCUCUAUUGUGUUGAGGUGGUGCUGAUGAAUCUGCCAGAGUUGUGUUGUAUUUAUUAUUUAUUUAUUUGCCUAUCCUAUCAGUUUCUCUCAAAAGCCCUCAAGCCACAAAGCACUCUCCCCCAUACUAAUUCCAGAAACAGGCCUGGUGGGGGCACCACAGAGUAGUAUAAUAGUACAAGAUGGGGGGCUCUUUUUUUUUUCAUUUUAAUCCUCUUCAGAAAUUGUUCAAACCCAAUACCUGCUCCAGAUCAGUAAACACGAAUCUUUCUUCAACAGUUGCUGAAUACCUUGAGAGCGCUGAGAUUAUCUGCUACAAGACAGGAUUUUGAAAAGGCUGUUAAGGUGUUAAGUCUCGCUGUUUGAUCCUGCUCCUUACAGUACCUUCUUCUUCUCAGAGAAGUUGGGUGUAGUUAAAGGUAUAAAACAAGAGGAAAUGAUACAUCAUGGAGAAUGAAAAUAAGGGAGAGAACGGAAUCGUUUCAGAAAUAACUAUAUUCUCAAAGGGGUAGUCCUUCUUCAAGCCUCUACGCUUUGCUCCGAACUCUAGCUGAGGAAAAUGACUCCCAAUUUCAAAUCUUAACAUGCAAUCUUGCUGAGUACUACGAUAAUUUGUAAAGUCUGAUUCCCUGUCUAAAAGGCAUAGGGUUUGGCCUCUAGUGUUUUAGUCCUGCCCUCCCGCAUCUGCAAUAGAGAAUACUGACCACUGGGCCUCAGGCACAGUUCUUGAGCUACCCUGAGACCUUGAAAUAAUCACAUGAUGACCCUACACCUUGUACCCCCGUUCCUUCCAAAGUUAUUGCUGCUGAUUUGUGCUGCCAUUUACUCAUUUCUUUAAUAAAGACAUUUAAUCCCA